UCAUUUUUAAUCUAAUAAAGGAAAUUAUGUUGACCACAUGUGUCCCUUGGGUGAUAGCUAAUGUACAAUGUGGUCUCAUUUUACAUAUGUGAAUUGUUACAUUUAUGGUCAGAUAUGCACUAAUAUAUGUAAUCCCUCAGCACACAGUUUGGGGAUUUGUCUGCUCAAUGAACAGUACUGCAAAGGGGCUUUAAUGACAGUGAUAAGUGCCACUGUAACACAAUUCUUUUUUGUUUAUUGUGAUUAAUUUUACCUCAAGUAUCACGAUGUUUAUACAUAAGCUUUAAAUACCAUCAAGAUUUAAUUCCCAAUUUUGUUUUCAUACUAAGAAUGGUCCUGUCACGGAUCAAUCUCGUCCUCUGACUAGUUGCCAUGGCAGCUGUACUGUCUCUUUAAGAGACCCGGAAACAGUUCCUUCCUGUGUGUUCACUGGUCGCGGGUUCCAAACAGACAGCUGAGCUUCCCCCGGCGAUGAUAUCCCACCCUGUAAUCUGGGCCUUUAGAAGCAGUGUGAGGUGCUGGCGUCACCGGGCUGUCCUCAAAGCGGCUCUGCAGGUGUCGGACUUCAGUGGUUGCCGCUGGUACUCUUCCCCGAUUCGUGUUGGUGUCACGGGCAUGGAGGAGAUACUGGCGAGGGUCGUUGCACCUUUACCCACGUACGAAACGAGAGACAAAUCCCCACCACCCCCAGAAUCAAACAGCUUGGACUUCAUGCACUUCUACAAAAGUCUCGACAAGGAAGACAGACUCAGUUUCCUGACAAAGCUAUCGCAAGACUUCGGAGUAGACCACAAAAGCGUUUCAGAGCUAGCUGUAAAGCUGCUAGACACUCAGUUACGGGACUUGGCAACCAUUUUGCAAGUUGAAGACAGGCUUCGGUACAAUCUGACUCCACGUUAUAAACAGCUGCUUAAUCAUAUUAGCAGGGUCGAGGGUGGAGUUAAAUUUCUGGUGGAUCUCCGAGCCGAUGUGCUUGAAAUAAUCUCAUCCAAAGCUAGCGAGAGCCCGCACAUCAAGGACCUGAAUGGCACACUGAAGAGCUUGCUGUCUGAGUGGUUCUCUGUAGGUCUGCUCCGAUUGGAGAGAAUCACAUGGCAGUCCCCCUGCGAGAUCCUGCAAAAAAUCAGCCAGUAUGAGGCGGUGCACCCUGUAAGGAACUGGACUGACCUGAAGCGCAGAGUGGGGCCAUACCGCCGUUGUUAUGCCUUCACCCAUGCCGCUAUGCCAGGAGAACCCCUGGUUGUACUGCACGUGGCCCUCACUGAGGACAUUUCUGAUAACAUUCAGAGUAUCGUCCGUGAGUUUGCCACUCUCGACUCUGAGGAAGAUGUGAAUAAGAUAAACGCAGCCAUCUUCUACUCCAUUUCCUCCACACAGGCUGGCCUACAAGGGGUGGAGCUGGGCAACUACCUCAUCAAGAGGGUGGUGCGAGAACUGCAGAGCGAGUUCCCUCACAUGGCCCAGUUCUCCAGCCUGUCACCCAUCCCAGGCUUCUCUUCCUGGCUCCAGGGCCUCCUCAGCCAGUACAGAAAAGAAGGCCGGGGCUCUGACCUCCUCUCUGAGCAGGAGUGGAGGGAGGUGGAGCAGGCCACAGACUCACCCUCUGGGACCCUGGCUGUAGACGCCCUCCGCAAGCUGAUUGGCACUAGCGAGUGGCUGCGCUCCGAGAGGCUGUCUCGCGUCCUGGAACCCGUCCUGAUGCGUCUCUGCGCCUGGUACCUCUAUGGGGAGAAAAGGCGAGGCUACGCUCUCAACCCAGUGGCCAACUUCCAUCUGCAAAACGGCGCCACCAUGUGGCGGCUCAACUGGCACGCCGACACCAGCCCCAGGGGUGUGGCGAACUCCUGCGGCAUCAUGGUGAACUAUCGAUACUUCUUGAGCGAGACGUCUAAAAACAGCGCUCUGUACCUGCAGAGUAAGGUCAUCGUGGCGUCAGAGCAGGUGCUGGGACUGGUGUCCCAAUUUCAGAAGAACAGCAAAUUGUGAGAAAGAGACGAGACACCAAUAAAUACUUCUUUUGGUGUGCAGAUUAAGUUGCACUUGAUAUCACAAAUGCAUUGACUGAAAGUUUAUUUAAUUUAAUUUGUCUUGAAGCCCUACUGAAUGGACAUCAGCUAAUAUUGUUUUUGAAUUGAAAUUAGACCGUCCCAUCCCAUCUGCUGUACAUGGUGCAUAGGUUAGGCUUUUUGCCUCAUUGAGUUUCUGGCAGAAGGUGUUUGAUAUUGUGUAAGUGUUUCCCAGGCUGAGAGACUGCAGCUAAUGAAGCACGAGGCAUCUAUCAAUGCCUUUCCAUGUUCUUGGAUAACGGUGUGUGUAAUGGUGAAGCAGGAGAAAUGACGGAGUGCAGCUACUAGAAUAAGUGAUGUUUAGACUCUUUCAUUUGGCUGAACUGUCUCACUGCAAACACAUUGAAGAAUUGAAGUGUAUUAGGUUUUGUCUUUUUUUUUUUUUUUCCUUGGGCUGGCUUUAUACACACCUGCUGUUACAUUGCUUACUCCCGCUGAAGCCCAAUACACAAAGGCAUGAAAUCACAGACUGGAAAUAUUACUUCAUAUUAAAUAACUCUAAACAAAACUGGAUUUUUUUCCACCAUGUAUCGAUGACUGCUCAUAUUUUACAGUCGACUGUGCUAAUGCUGAUCCACUGGGCUGGACCCUCCUGGUACCUCCAUUCAGGUGUAUUUCUGAUAACACAUGCACACACACACACACACACACGACCAGCCUCUCCAGAGAGCCAUCGCUGAUGUUCUAACUGCUCUGUACAGGUGCCAAGCAGGGCUCAUAUCAGCCUACACCCCAUUGUUGUGAAAUAAUAUAUCACAGCAAGUUGACUGUGAAAUUACAUUUUAUCUCUCUGAGGAGCCAAACUUUCUUUUCAUUUUUUUUCACUCUCUCUAGCUCUCCCUCCCCCUCCCUUUUCUCUGCCUGUGCCGCUCUGUGUCCUAGAAACUAAUGGAGUGAGAAAUAAAGUUAAAGUAAAUGGCUA